CAGGCAAAAUAGCCCAGAUAUCUAUGUUAUACUACAUAGUAUACUAAAGCUUAUAGCGCCUUUUUUUUCUCCUCCAUGUUUACAACCUCUCAGAGCGCUGUUACAGGGGCCUGAUUUUCCCCACUCACUCUGUGGGUGACGCCUUGCUCAAACCUCAACCAGGCACAGCCGCAUUCGCUGGAGCACGUUGGCAGAUUCAGACUUCUGAUUGGGACCUUUGCCGCAUACCACACAUCCAAGCCCCAUGCUCCGUCGUCGCCAACAGGCUGCGACGACAGCCGCUGCAGAUCUUAUCGACUCCCAUACAAGAGCGAUGGAAUCUGCUGCUACGGAACAAAGUCCGUUGCUCGCGAGCGGCGGACCAGAGUCCAACGCGUCGGGCGAGCAGCAUCCAACCACCAUGACAUGGAGUCGCCGAAACAAGUGGAUUCUCUAUGCCAUCGCGAGCGGCGCUUGCGCUGCACUGAAUGGAGUCAUGGCCAAGUUAACUACAACCGAACUCACUUCGAGCUUCUCUCAAAGUAUAGCACGAGUGCUUGGCAUGUCCGCAAUUGAAGGCACAGUUGAAGCUGUUGUACGAGCGGGCUUCUUUGGCCUGAAUCUGGUCUUUAACGGUGUGAUGUGGACACUCUUCACCCAGGCACUUGCCAAAGGGAAUUCAACAACCCAGGUGUCCAUCAUGAACACCUCGUCCAACUUUGUUUUGACUGCACUGCUAGGUUUGGUCAUAUUUUCCGAAUCGCUUCCGCCUCUCUGGUGGCUUGGCGCUUCAAUGCUAGUUGCUGGCAAUGUCAUCAUUGGACGCAAGGACGAGAGUUCCCCGCGAGAAGCUGUGGCAUCAAGUCCUGGGACUGAGUACGAAGCAGUUCCGCAGGUCGACGGGGUGGUUCCCGCAGAGGAUAAAGAGGAUGAGGAUGUCCCAGAGCUUGGUGACUUGGGGCAGCUUAUCGUGUGCCUAGCAGCCUUAUCGCCCACAACUUUCUCCACGCUACUUCCAGGGCUUGUGAGCGGGACAGUUGCUUUCAUCCCGCCGCCAUUUGAACCGCCCGGCGCAUUACACCGCGACGUACUAAAGAUAAACCUGGACGCGACAAUCCAUGCGUCAACGGCGGCAACGGCGAAUAUUGACCUUUUUGUAAAGAUAGCAAAAAGGCAUCCUGUUCAAGUCUUUUCACACAGGUAA